AUGGUUCAAUUACAAAUAGCAGAGUGCAUACAAAAACAGAAAGUGCAAAGAUUAAUAGCAGGAACAGCAACACCAUCAGCAACACCAUCAGCAACACAACCAGCAACACAACCAGCAACACAACCAGUGACUCAACCAGUAACUCAACCAGUAACUCAACCAGUGACACAACCAGUAACUCAACUAGUAACUCAACCAGUGACACAACCAGUAACUCAACUAGUAACUCAACCAGUGACACAACCAGUAACUCAACCAGUGACACAACCAGUAACUCAACUAGUAACUCAACCAGUGACACAACCAGUAACACAACCAGUGACACAACCAGUGACACAACUAGUAACUCAACUAGUAACUCAACCAGUGACACAACCAGUGACACAACCAGUAACUCAACUAGUAACUCAACCAGUAACACAACUAGUAACUCAACCAGUAACUCAACCAGUGACUCAACCAGUAACACAACCAGUAACACAACCAGUGACACAACCAGUGACACAACCAGGAAUAACACCAGAAACAUUUUUGACAAGUUUAAAUGGCAUAGUUUGA